AUGGAAGCCCAACUGGAUGGACCACAUUUUACCGAAAUCUCUGUGCCCCUACCACCCGAACGGAGUAUCAUCAUUCGUACACCUCCCUCUUCUCCACCGUCUCAUGAACCUCCCGCCAAACGUCUUAAGACUUUUGUGGAUAAAGGUAAAACUAUCAUUGACCUUGACCCUGAACCCAGCCCCUGUCCUAGCCCUACUCUUGCGCCCACACCUGAAUGGAAAGUCAUUGGAGUGGUUAUGUCUUCCAUCAGGCCAGUCCCUCGUCAACCUCUCGAUAUUCAGGCGCCACCUUCCGACGAAGCUGGACCUUCCACCCGACACCCUUCUCCACCACUGCCACCCACCUCGAGAUUGCCACCGCCUACCAUCGGUUGGAUUGACAGCGACCCAGACGACUUGCCACCCUCUCCUCGCCCUCAGCCUGUGGAUGCUGCACCUGAUUCUGAUGGAAUGGAAUCUGAUCCUAGUGAGGAUUCCUUUCUACCAGAGUUUUAUAUGUAG